CUCUCCCUCCCCCCCAUUCCAGGGAAGCAGGGCCACGUUUGAUAGUGUCUGUCCUCCUCCACAUCAACCCAAAUCCCACACACGGCCUGCCGACUCCCGGGACACAGAGGAUACGAAGAUGAGCAGCUCGGAGGAAGUAUCAUGGAUCUCCUGGUUCUGCGGACUGCGAGGCAAUGAGUUCUUCUGUGAGGUCGAUGAAGAUUAUAUUCAGGACAAGUUCAAUCUGACCGGCCUGAAUGAGCAGGUGCCUCAUUACCGCCAGGCGCUGGAUAUGAUUCUGGAUCUUGAGCCCGAUGAGGAACUGGAGGACAAUCCGAACCAGAGUGACCUUAUCGAGCAAGCCGCUGAGAUGCUGUACGGACUGAUUCACGCCCGCUACAUUCUCACCAACAGAGGGAUUGCCCAGAUGCUUGAGAAAUACCAGCAGGGAGACUUUGGCUACUGUCCUCGAGUGUACUGUGAGAACCAGCCCAUGCUUCCUAUUGGUCUGUCUGAUAUCCCCGGUGAGGCCAUGGUCAAGCUGUAUUGCCCCAAGUGCAUGGACGUUUACACACCCAAGUCCUCACGGCAUCACCACACAGAUGGGGCUUAUUUCGGCACUGGCUUCCCCCACAUGCUGUUCAUGGUGCAUCCAGAGUACAGGCCCAAGAGACCAGCUAAUCAGUUUGUUCCCAGGCUGUACGGUUUCAAGAUCCACCCCAUGGCGUACCAACUCCAGCUCCAAGCUGCCAGUAACUUCAAGAGCCCCGUCAAGACUAUCCGUUAGAGAGAAGUGAAGCCACAUUGAUCCAGCCCAUGCUGCUGGAUUUUCCACCUACCGUGUGUCGGCAAGUGCGAUAUAUGCCACAAAGCUGCAGAUAGUGUCCACUUUUAACCAAACCAAACUACUCCUCCACCCCCCCCCCCACCCCUGCCCUCCCCACAUCCCAUUUACAGAGUCAUGAACUGAAGUUGGUGCCAAUGGAUUUCUUUCAGUGGGAAAAUACUUAACACAAAAAAAACAUUUUGUUGAAACAAAAAUCCACGUGUGUGUGUGUGUGUGUGUGUGUGUGGGUGGGUGGGGAUCAGCUGGAGUAAUCCUUUCCUUUUGCAACAGGAACCUCCCCCCGCCUCACUGUAGCGCCUGGUUUUGUACCUUUCCCCCAGACCGGCUGUGCCUGGGAUCCCACCGGAGAGCAGCAGCAUCUGCUCACUCAUGGACGGGCGCUGUUUCCCAGAUCACCCCGAGACUUGUGGCUAAGGUCUCCCACCACCUUCUGUGGUGGGUUGGAAACCAAGGGAGGUGGCACCGCUGGGGUGGACGCGGUUUCAGAAUGAGCUGAGGCCCACAUUACUGAGGAAGAGUCCGACCUGUCAAUUGUUCACAUCAUGCUGCCAGCCGCAGGGCCCAACCUGGUGUCAGCGAACUGUUUGGGGCGAGAGAGAUGGAGGGAGGGCACUGCAGGUAAUUUUGAGUGCAUCCCCUUUGUUCAUCUUUCAGCACAGCUGAAUUGCCCCACAAGAAAACAUCACUGUCUCUGUCUGUGUGUGUGUGUGUGUGAGGCAGCAGCAGUACUCCCUGAGAAAUCCCAGUUAUUAACUUCAGAGAGCCCACCCGUUCCUGGUGGGAGGGACUGUCAUUUUAUUCCCCCAGCAAGCCCAGAGUUUGGUGGAGGGUGGGGGGGGAGGAGGUCUAUUCAGUUCUAACUUUUUGUCCCGCCCGGUGAGGUUACAGACAUUUGCUGUAUUGUAUGUAUUGUAUAAAGGAUGUUGUUGACUUGGUAAAUGCUGUCUUAUGUUUUUUUUAAGUGUUAAAUUGGUUUAGGGAUUGUUAGCAACCUUUAUUUCUGAAUAAACACGUACUUCACGUGCUGAA